CGUCACGUCUGGUCCCGGGCGGAAGUCUUCAGCUAGCCGACCGGGAAGUAGCUGAAGACCGGGCGAUGGGAACUCUGGAGGUCUCGCUCUGGGGCGGACCCGAGGCCACCGUGCCCCCGCGGUAGAACGAACCUGGGCGGCGGGCUCUGUGGUCUUGAGGCAUGGAGGGGUCGAAGGCGUCCGGCAGCACGAUGCAGGUGAGCUUCGUGUGCCAGCGCUGCAGCCAGCCUCUGAAACUGGACACGAGCUUCAAGAUCCUGGACCGGGUCACCAUCCAGGAACUUACAGCUCCAUUACUUACCACAAACCAGGCGAAACCAGGAGAGACCCAGGAGGAAGAGGCUCACUCAGGAGAGGAGCCAUUUAUUGAAACUCGCCAGGAUGGUGUCUCUCGAAGAUUCAUCCCCCCAGCCAGGAUGAUGUCUACCGAAAGUGCUAAUAGCUUCACUCUGAUCGGGGAGGCAUCUGAUGGUGGCACCAUGGAGAAUCUCAGCCGAAGACUGAAGGUCACUGGAGACCUUUUUGACAUCAUGUCGGGUCAGACAGACGUGGAUCACCCACUGUGUGAGGAAUGCACAGAUACUCUCCUCGACCAGCUCGACACCCAGCUCAACGUCACGGAGACUGAGUGUCAGAACUAUAAACGCUGUUUGGAGAUCCUCGAGCAAAUGAACGAGGAUGACAGUGAGCAGCUACAGAGAGAGCUGAAGGAGCUAGCCUUGGAGGAGGAGAGGCUGAUCCAGGAGCUGGAAGAUGUGGAGAAAAACCGCAAGGUAGUGGCAGAAAACCUAGAGAAGGUCCAGGCUGAGGCGGAGAGUCUGGAUCAGGAGGAAGCUCAGUACCAGCGGGAAUACAGUGAGUUUAAAAGACAGCAGCUGGAGCUGGAUGAUGAGCUGAAGAGUGUAGAGAACCAGAUGCGGUAUGCCCAGAUGCAGCUGGACAAACUGAAGAAAACCAAUGUCUUCAAUGCCACCUUCCAUAUCUGGCACAGUGGACAGUUUGGCACAAUCAAUAACUUCAGACUAGGUCGCUUGCCCAGUGUUCCUGUGGAAUGGAAUGAAAUCAAUGCUGCCUGGGGCCAGACAGUAUUGCUGCUGCAUGCCCUAGCCAAUAAGAUGGGUCUGAAAUUUCAGAGGUACCGACUUGUUCCCUAUGGAAAUCAUUCAUAUCUGGAGUCUCUGACAGACAAAUCUAAGGAGUUGCCGUUAUACUGUUCUGGGGGAUUGCGGUUUUUCUGGGACAACAAGUUUGACCAUGCAAUGGUAGCUUUUCUGGAUUGUGUGCAGCAGUUCAAAGAAGAGGUGGAGAAAGGCGAGACACGAUUUUGUCUUCCAUACAGGAUGGAUGUGGAGAAAGGCAAGAUUGAAGACACUGGAGGCAGUGGCGGCUCCUAUUCCAUCAAAACUCAGUUUAACUCUGAGGAGCAGUGGACAAAAGCGCUCAAGUUCAUGCUGACGAAUCUUAAGUGGGGUCUUGCUUGGGUGUCCUCACAGUUCUAUAACAAGUGACUUACUCCUCGGGGGUUGUUCGCCUUUAAAGUUUUACAUUUGGUUUCGUUUGGAAAGAUGCUUUAAAUUAAAUCUGGGUAAUAUUAAACCACAUGUUUACAAUACCAAAAGAGACAAAAGCCACUUUAUUUUAAAAUAUCAUGUGACAGAUAGUUUCCAGAGGAUAGCAAGCAGCCAUUGCCACAGUUUUGACUCAACCCCAUGCUUUCCUUUUGCCAUUCCCUUGAAAACAACUAAUUGACAUUAACUUUUAGUUGAUUGACACUGAUGUGUUCUCACUGGAUUUUAUCUCUCUCAACUUCCUGCACUUACAAUAUGAAAUAGGAACGUUUUAAGAUGAUAUUAGUGGUACACAGUUGGAUGAUGUGGGAAAGGACACGAGGUCAGAUGCUGGAAGUCUAACUCUUUCCUCACGUAGUUCUAGUAUUAAAUGCCUACUCUACUGUCUGUUAGGAUUACAAAAUGCUGUUUGGUACUGUUUGAGACAUGGAAAGAUUUAAUGAUUUGUAAUAAAGGAUUUGCUAUGGUCUAUUAAUUACCAAGAGAUGUGAUGGUAAGUUUUUCUUUAAAAUUGAGUAUUUUAUAUUCUGGAAGAAUUGAGUUCCAGUCAGUUUUGUAGAAAUUCUGUUGAAAAAUGUUUUAGUUUAAAAAAUAAAAUAAAAUGAAAUGAAAUAGUAA